UUUAUCUAUCAUUUCUUUUUUCUUUUAUUUUUCACUCUUGGAUCUCUAUAAAUAUCUUCCUUGGUCCCAACUCUUUUGAAUUGUGUCUCUCCUGCUAAUGGAUUCAUCAGCCUCUACCCUUCUCUUAUGCCCUCCAUUAGAGCUCAAGGUUGAGAGGGAUAAUGGAGGAGUGGUUUUUGACUCGUCUAAUUUGUUGCAAAAACAGUCCAAGAUACCUACAGAGUUCGUCUGGCCACAAGGGGAAUUGGUUUACUGUCAGGAAGAGCUCAGAGAGCCUCUAGUAGACCUCCGAGGCUUCCUCAACGGCGACGAGGAGGCUAUAAAGGAGGCCGCAGAGCUUGUUAGGACUGCCUGUUUGAGCCAUGGAUUCUUCCAGGUGACAAACCAUGGUGUUGACGCCUGUCUCAUUGCCGAAGCCCAUGAUCACUUAGACGCUUUCUUCAAGCUACCCAUCGGCCAGAAGCUCAGGGGUCGGAGGAAGGCUGGUAGUAUGUGGGGUUACUCCGGCUCCCAUGCCGAUCGGUUCUCAUCCAGAUUGCCAUGGAAGGAGACGCUCUCUUUUGGGUUUGAUGACCGGAGCUGUGACUCCGCCGUGGUGGUCGAUUACUUCCAGUCCGUCUUAGGGGAAGAAUUCAAACAGACAGGAUUGGUUUACCAAAGAUAUUGUGAAGCAAUGAAGGAACUAUCUCUAGUGAUUAUGGAACUCUUGGCCAUUAGCUUGGGAAUAGAUCGGUUUCAUUUCCGGAGAUUCUUCGAAGACAGCAGCUCUAUAAUGAGAUGUAACUACUAUCCGCCAUGUGAGGAGCCUGGUCUCACUCUGGGCACCGGCCCUCACUGCGAUCCUACUUCUCUAACCAUCCUUCAUCAGGACCAAGUGGGAGGCCUGGAAGUGUUGGCACAGAACAAAUGGCAAACUGUUCGACCUCGAAGCGAUGCAUUCGUUAUCAACAUUGGUGAUACCUUCAUGGCCUUAUCCAACGGAAGGUACAAGAGUUGUCAACAUAGGGCGGUAGUGAACAGGUACAGGGAGAGGAGAUCGCUAGCAUUCUUCCUGUGCCCGAAAGAAGACAAGGUGGUGAUACCCCCACAAGAUCUGGUGGGGAGAGAGGGACCAAGAAAGUAUCCCGACUUCACAUGGUCGGAUUUGCUGGAGUUUACACAGAAACACUACAGAGCCGACCUUAAAACACUCCAAAACUUCACACAGUGGUUUCUAUCUAACAAACCACCUAACUAUUAGUACCUACUUCUGAUCACUACUCUCUCUCUCUCUCUCUCAUGUAGUGCUUAAUUAGCUUCCUAGUGGGUCUAAUUUAAAUGGAGGAAUCAUGAAGAGUUUUUUGUUUUUGUGUACCUUGUUUUAGAGUAAAUACAAGGAGAAUCUCCAAUAAGUUGCUUUA